UACACACAGUAAUUUGGUGGAAAUAAGAGAUCAGUUGAUUGAUAUGACAAGCACAAGCACUGUUAAAAGAACAAUAGCUGGAGAGAUUGUGAAGUGUAACCAUGAUAAUGAAUCCUUGAGUAGAAUUAUUUUGGAGUGUGAAGAAACAACGAAAGGCAAAUUGAAACAUCCUCAAGAGAAAGCUGAAACAUCAAUGACUGAAGCAAGUGAAAUUACUUCAGAAAAUAAGGAUAUUGAAGAGAAUGUGAACGAUAGUGAUAAAUCAGAAGGAAAGCGUGUACAGAAAAGUGGCACUAGUACAGAGGUACUGCCUCGAGUGCAUGAGGAGUGUAAUGAAACUGAUAAACCAACAGGCAUAUUUGAAUCUCAUAAUAAGACAGGUUUUACAUACAGUAAUAGAGAAAUCCAAUUAGGAAAGGAAAGUAAUGGAAACUCCGGAAAAGAAUUUGAAAUACAAACAAACUCUUCUCAGGUUGGCAAUAAUUUUAAUGAAAAUACAGAUGAGAUAUUGAAUUCUCAAGAGGAAUGCUUAUUGGAAGUUAAAAAGUCUGAUAUGAAAAACGGCAUUGGAAGUGAAGUUGAUGUUAAUGAUCCUUCUGGUGAAGACAAUGUUACAGACAUUUAUAAGGCAGUUGAAACUAAACAAAUUUACCAGGAGGAGAAUGACCUGUUAAAUGGAAAAACUAAUUUGUCUAAAAUGAACUCUUCGGAGAUAAUUGGUGUGCAAGACUUUGAAUCUGAUAAUGUUAGGUCAGUGUGCAUUUUGACUGAUAUUGAUGGUGAUGCAUGUAAAGAAGAUGCAAACAGUUUCCAAAGACAGGAUAAACAGAUCAUAACAUUGACUGGAUUUAUAGAUGACAGUGAUAAUAAAAAGUUGACUAAAGUUAUGGAAGACAGUGUUGACCAAACAUUGACUGGAGUUAUAGAAGAUGGUAGUAACCAAACAAUGACUGAGGUUAUAGAAGACAGCCGUAACCAAAUAAUGGCUGGAGUUAUAGAAGACAGUGGUGACCAAAUAAUGACAGGAGUUAUAGAAUACAGCGAUAACCAAACAAUGACUGGAGUUACAGAAGACAUUGGUGACCAAACAUUGACUGGAGUUAUAGACAACAUUGGUAACCAAACAAUGACUGGAGUUAUAGAAGACACUGGUAACCAAACAUUGACUGGAGUUGUAGAAGACGGUGAUAAGCAAACAAUGACUCAAGUUAAAGAAGACAGUGGUAACGAAAUAUUUACUGGAGUUAUAGAAGACAGUGGUAACCAAACAUUGACUGGAGUUAUAGAAGACAGUGGUAACCUAACAUUGACUGGAGUUUUAGAAGACAGUGGUAUCCAAACAUUGACUGGAGUUAUAGAAGACAGUGGUAGCCAAACUUUGUCUGGAGUUAUAGAAGACAGUGGUAACCAAACAAUGAUUGCAGUUAUAGAAGACAGUGAUAAACAAACAUUGACUGGAGUUAUAGAAGACAGUGGUAGACAAACAUUGUCUGGGGUUAUAGUUGACAGUGUAAACCAAACAUGGACUGGAGUACUAGAAGACAGUGGUAACCAAACAUUGACUGGAGUUUUAGAAGACAGUGGUAACCAAAUAUUGACUGGAGUUAUAGAAGACACUGGUAACCAAACAUUUACUGGAGUUAUAGAAGACACUGGUAACCAAACAUUGACUCUAGUUUUUGAAGACAGUGGUAACCAAACAUUGACUGGAGUUUUAGAAGACAGUGGUAACCAAACAUUGACUGGAGUUUUAGAAGACAGUGGUAGCCAAACAUUGACUGGAGUUUUAGAAGACAGUGGUAACCAAACAUUGACUGGAGUUUUAGAAGACAGUGGUAGCCAAACAUUGACUGGAGUUUUAGAAGACAGUGGUUACCAAACUUUGUCUGGAGUUAUAGAAGACAGUGGUAACCAAACAAUGAUUGCAAUUAUAGAAGACAGUGAUAAACAGACAUUGACUGGAGUUGUAGAAGACAGUGGUAGUCAAACAUUGUCUGGGGUUAUAGUUGACGGUGUUAACCAAACAUUGACUGAAGUUAGAGAAGACAGUGGUAACCAAACAUUGACUGGAGUUAUAGAAGACAGUGGUAACCAAACAUUGACUAGAGUUUUAGAAGACACUGGUAGUCAAACUUUGUAUGGAGUUAAAGAAGACAGUGGUAACCAAACAAUGACUGCAGUUAUAGAAGACAGUGAUAACCGAACAUUGACUGGCGUAAUAGAUUACAGUGGUAGCCAAACAUUGUCUGGGGUUAUAGAUGACAGUGUUCACCAAACAUUGACUGGAGUUAUAGAAGACAGUGGUAACCAAACAAUGACUGGAGUUUUAGAAGACCGUGGUAGCCAAACUUUGUCUGGAGUUAUAGAAGAGAGUAGUAACCAAACAAUGACUGCAGUUAUAGAAGACGGUGAUGACCAAACAUUGACUGGAGUUAUAGAAGACAGCGGUAGCCCAGCUUUGUCUGGAAUUAUAGAAGACAGUGGUAACCAAACAAUCACUGCAGUUAUGAAUGACAGAGGUAACCAAACAAUAACUGCAGUUAUAGAAGAGAGUGGUAACCAAACAUUUACUGGAGUUAUAGAUAUAAGUGCUAGCCAAACAAUGACUGGAGUUAUAGAAGACAGUUGUAACCAAACAUCGAGUGGAGAUAAAGAAAAUAGCAGUAACAGAACAUUGACUGGAGUUAUAGAAGACUGCGGUAAUUUUAAAGGCAGUAACAAUGUUUCUAGAGAAGGAGUCUCAUUAGAAAGUAGAAAUAUAACUGCAAGUAUGCAUCUUGAAACAGAGCCAAAAGAGAGUAUUUCAGACAUCGCUGCAACACACACUCUUGGAGAAAAGGAAUUUCUGCAAAAAUACAAAUCUGAAGACGAAGUUGAAACUAUGAAUGUAGAGAGUGCAGUAAAUGAACAGGAAAAAGAAUCCUAUUCAGCAACAGUCUUUAAUAUCCAGGAUGAAAGCAGCUAUUGUAAAUCCGAGUCUGACUCAGAAAUCAGUUUUAUAUCGGAGCCUUGUAUAAAUGAGCAGGUCAGUGAAGAUGAAAUCCUAUACAUAAAGGAAAUGAAUGAAAAUGAGCAAAGUGAGAAGAUAGAUGAAUUUAAAGAGAUUGACCUGUUUGAUGGUAUUCAAACAUUCUUUAAAGAACCUGGGUCACAUAAAUUAUUGGGACAUUCAGAACCAGUAACAGUAGAUGCAUUAAAGCUGGAAAACAAGUUAGUUGCCUGUCAACUUGAAGCAAAUGAGAAUGAAGAAUUUCUGGGCAACAAAGCAUUAGUAGAAGGAAAAAUAAAUUAUACAAAAAUGACAGACACGUUACAGCAUCAUUCUAGUAAUGACUUAACUAUGCCUUUGCUGAUGGAUUCCUCAGAUCGGGAAAGUGUUGCAUCCAGACAAUUAGAAAGUGAACUAGUUAAGUCAGAGGAUGAAAUAGAUGUAGAGAAUGGUACAGAACAUACAAUUAAACCAGAGACAUAUCAAACAGAUGAUCAGGGAACUCUAUACAUGUGUGAUAAAAGUUCAGAGGCAACAUUUGAGCAAUCAUUUGUUGAACCAACACAUGAUAUAACUGACAUCAGUGUGUGUGAUAAAUUGGCAAUAAACAUACCACUAAAAAGCAAUGCAGCAAUAAUGCCUGUAGAUAAUAACAUGGUAGAACAUGUGAAAAAUCAAGACAUGAAUAAUGAAGAGAGUAAUGAAGAUUUAAGUAGGACACCAGAGGAAAGAACAUAUUUAAUUAAAGAAACAAGCAGAGAACAACUUGACAAUUUGAAUCAGGAAGAAAGAGAAAACAUGAUGCUUGAAGGUUAUUCCAUAGAUGCACAGGGUCAAAUUGACAGAGAUGAUACAUGUGGUUUACAUAUGGAUCAUAAUUUACAGCUGAUGACAGGUCAUUGUGUGAAUGAUUGUGAUGAAAGGGAAGAGAAAUUUGUACAACCAAAUGCAAUUGAUAACAGUGUUAUUGAAAAAUCUACCUCUGCGAAUGUUGAACUUGCCCCAAAAGCAAAUUAUGAUUUGAUUGUUGAUAGUCCUGCUGAAAAUACCGACAUGAGUGGAAAAAUUGUGAAUAAUGGCAUUAAAGUUGACAAGUCUAUGGCUGAAAAUGCAUGUUUGAUAACUGAUAUCUCUAAAAUAAGUGAUAAUAAAAACGAAGAUGUUUUGUUUGAUUCUGAGAAAAUAGACACCAAUAUGUCAGCUCUUAGCACCAAUGUGGAUCAUGUUGUUAAGGAUUUACUUCUGACGAAAGAAUCAGAAAUUAUAACUGAACAUUCCAAAACUAUAAGUUGUAAAAGUAGAGAAAAGACUUUAAUAUUGCUUGAAGCAGGUACAGGUUUAAUUAAUGAUGACUCUAAAUUUGUUCAAAGCAAACCUGAAAAUAUUUAUGCGAAAAUAAUUUACCCAGAUGUAGAAAUUGAAAAGAGUAGUAAUACCGAAAAAGUUCAUGUGAGCUGUGAACAAGAAAAUGUUAGCCAUGUGGCUGAUAGCUUUAGCCAGGAUUCUGUUGAGGUUACAGGUGUUAUAAGUGAUUUAGUAAAUGAAAUUAAAGAGGACAAUUUGCCACUGAGUGAUGAUAAAUCAUCAAACGAUGACUUUAAUGCACCAAUCAUUGAAACAGUGAUUGACCAAGAAAGAUCUUGUCCUAUUGAAAUGAGCAGUCAUACUGAUUCAACCACUGAAAAUGAUAGAUCAUGUAUAGACCUUCCAAUCAAUUUGAUGAGCUCUGAUUUCAUAUGUAAUAAUGAAGUUGAAAACAGUUAUUGUAACCCUCAGAUGGCUGAAAAAAGUUGUGAAGGUGAAAAAGAUUAUAUUGAAACUAAAGUCAGAGAUAUAUCAGUUGGCAAAACACUUCAACAUGAUGAUUCGAAACAACCAACAGACAUCAGUAUUCCCACCAUAUGUAAUGAAGAAAGCAAAACAGUUGUGAUGAGCCACAUAGAGAAUGUGAAAGUUGACUGCACAAAUAAUAUGAAUUCCAUUGUUGAAGAAGCAAAAGAAUCACUUGAAAGUGCAGGGAAAACUUGCAACAUGCAGUCUGCAAUUUCAGACAUAGAUCAUAUAAAUGUCAAGAGAUCUCCACGAUUGAAUAAACUGAAACGAAGAGAUUACCGCCAUCCUUUUAAGAAGAAAGUAAUUGCUGCAAGUACACCAAAAGUAAACAAUGAUCACAACUAUGAUCACAAAGAUAAAGGUUUUGGAAAGAAAUGUCAAGAUCAGCAUAUUAAAGAAUCAAACAGUUUUGCUCUUAAAACUGCUCAUUUGAAUGAACAAAAAGAAUUGCCAGUUAAAAUAAUGAGUAGCGAUGAAGUUGAGAGUAUACGUAACAUAAGCAGCAUGAAGGACACAAGUCCAGACAUGACAGCUGAAAAUGUUGACAUUCUUAAAAGCAAAAGUCUCUUUGAAAAUACUCAAUUGAAACCAAAGGCAGUUGUUUUUGAAUAUGUUGGAAAUAUUACCUCUGGAAAUGCCAGUUAUGGAUCAAGUAUGAAUGUAUUAAAGUCUGAAAUUUGUGAUCUGAUUCUCAAAUUUAACUCAGCAAAAGGAAAAAGUACAGAAAACAAUCUAAAUAAUUUGACUGAUGUGAAUAGUUCUACACAAAAUACACGUGAAAGUAGUGCCCUGGAUAAUGCACUAUCAAGAGCAUGUGAAGAAUAUAAAUCUGCUCCUGAGCAGAGUGUAUCAAUCUUGAAGCUCUCAGACACCAACCAAAGUCAGCCUGUUAGUGAACCGUACCCUAAAAGUCAUGUGAAAAUGGAACGCGAGUGCCAUGAAAAUAUCGAAGUUCAAGUUGGGGGAGCCAUGAUUGAUUGUGGCGGUAAAACUGAUGGAAAUGAAUCAGAUUCAAAGAAAAGCAGUAAUUCUUCUACAGUGGAGGAUCUUCUGCCUCCAGAAAUAAGACUUGAGAAUGAAACAGAUGAGGAGUUUUUAAAGAGAGCUGAAAAGAUAAAAUCAGCCCUAAAGAAGGCUGUGAAAUCCUAUCAGUCUGAUUUUGAUUUUGAAAACCAGUCAAGUGUAGAAUCCAACAUUCCUCCUGUAACUCCAGAGGAAGAAACUGAUUUGCAGAAUUUUGAUGUUGCUAGCUUAUAUAGUAACACUUCUACCAAUGUCCCUAAGAAAGCACCACUGGUUUCAAAUGUUGUUACAGUUGUCUGCAUGACAAAAGGUAAUAAAGUAAAGACUGUAACCAGCAAAAAUGUGAGAGCCAUGAUACCAUUAUCAGUUUCACAGUCCAUGCCAAAGCAGCCAGUGUAUCUUCAGAAAUCUCAGUCCUCAGAUGACAUACAUAGUCAGGUCGGAUUAUUAAAUUCUGCUGCUGCUGAUCCUAGACAGUCUUCGGUAUCUUCUCUGGCUAUGCAACUAACCUCCCAUCACAGCAAAGCAAAGAGAAUGCCAGUGUCAGUGCCCAGGACUGAAGUAAAAUAUGCCCGCAGUUUAUCCUCAGAAACGGAAAAUUUUAAGUCUAAAUAUGUGUGCAACCAACAACGCACUCAGCAGGGUGUACCAAGAACAAAUGUUAAAUGCAACAAUUCUAGUCAGCCAAGUAUCAUGCAAAUGGUGGUUGAGCGGUCUGCACAAGUAAUGACCAGCUCCAAUAGUGUUCAGGUAAACAAUGGCAUACCAGUCAAUGCUGUAACAGGUCAGGAUAGUAUUGAGAAAACUGUGGUAGUGACAGAAAAUCUGUCAAAAGUGAAAUCUUUCAGAGAAAUUCAUAAAGAUGAGAAGCCCUUUAAAUGGGAGGCAAGUCCAAUUAGAGAGUUACGUUCAAAGACAAUGUCACCAGAUAAGGAAGGCACAAUGCAGGUAAACGAUUCUCCAAAAUCCAUAGCAGCACCGGCAGUUGCUAGACGGAAGAGAGUGAAACAGCAUGAAGAGGGUGAAGACAUGCCAGCAGAUUCAAAAAGAACCAGGCAAGGUAAAUCUGUUGUUAACAAAAAUGUUGAGGCAAAUGAAAAGUCUGAUGAGAACGGUCCUAAUAUUCUGAAAUCAACAGAUUCAGACAUGGUCAUGGAAAACAGUCAAGUUAAAUCUGUUGUUAACAACAAUGUUACGGCAAAUAAAAAGUCUGACAAUAAAGAUCCAAAGAUUCCAAAAUCAGUAGAUUCAGACAAAGUUAUGGAAACCAGGCGAAGGUCAUUUAGUGAAUUACCUUCCAAUAAAAGCGCUGCCAAAGCUUUUAAAGAUGAUUCUUCAGAAAAUAAACCCUGUUAUGAAACAUUUUCACCUUCAAACAAACCGUCUGACCAUGUCCAUAAUCAACUGAGUCAGCUAUUAUCAAAUGCUCCACCACCACGGAAAGGAUGCAUAAUCAGGUCUGGCUCUGGUAGAAAGCAUAAUAAAUCAAACACUCCUACAAAAAAGAAAGAAAAAACUAGAACUGAAAACAGUUCUGCUGUAGAUUCAAAAACGAAGAGUGGAUUAAGAUGUAACGUGGAUGGCACUCAAGCCUAUGAUAGUACACAGCCUACAAUCAAUAAAUUAGAAUUAGAAGAAAACCAGAUGAAUCAAGGUGCUUGUCAGUCAGAAAUCAAUAUUGUCACGCAAAGUAUUGAAGAUUCAGCCACAAGUCUGUUACAAGUAAACAAUUUGUCACAAUGUAUUGAAGAUUCGUCUGAAAACCCUGCAGAAAAUUUGCAAAAUGAAUCUUAUUCUCCCAUUUCUGACUCUGAAGAAAGCCAACUCGACAUCAUGGCUGAAGUGAAAAGGAGAGUGAAAAAUAAGGUUUUAAACCUGAAGAGGAAGCUGUAUAUGGGUAACAACUUGGCCAACACACCUGAAGGUUUAGCUUUUCAUGACAUUGAUGAAGGCCUUGAUGAAGGCGUAGAGUCUCCAGCAAAAAUGUGCAAGCUGGAUGGCACUUCAGGAAGCCCCAGCAAGUCAGACUCUGAGGAUAAACACAGCGAGUCAUCGUACUGCAGUGAUUCCUCCCAGCCUUCAGACAGUGUCAAUGAGAUAAGCCCGAAACCAAUUCGACAGCUUAUCCACGGUGGAAGGGUUUACCAAAUUCAGCAAGGUUCAGUGACCGAGUUUGAUAUAAAACAAGGUCAGACUGACCCUGAGUCCAGUUUUAUGUCCAGAUUGAGUCCACAUGAAGUGACCCCAGUAACAAGCCCAAUGUCAUCACGUACUUCCAGUCCCUCCAGAAUGUAUUCAGCUGUAAGUGUAAGUUCCAGGCACGUGAACACUUCACCAUCUAGCCUUCAAGAGCAGCCAUUACCAUCCAGCCUCCAGAAACAGCCUUCACCAGGAACAAAACACAUCAAACCAUUCAAUGCGGCAAAUGCAAGUUCUGUGAUUAGCCCUGUGAGGAGACGUAGUUCUACAGCAAGCUCCAAAGCUAGCAAAGGACCGAAAAGUCGGCCCGGGAUUACCACCAGGUCAAAGGUUAAUGAAUAUAUUGAAACCACAUUGCAGAGCAUCAGACCUCAUGGCUUGAAACCAAGUCCAACCACCUGGAAACUCAACAAGAAAGUUAAAAGGAGUAUAUAUUCACUGGAAUUCAAGAAAACUCAAUGAAAAACAUUUGUCAUUCAAUCGCUAGCAAACAGUUGAUUUUGUGAUUCAAAUGCUCAGUCAUCAUUAUUGAACACUUAUAGUGAUCAAUCCAGGAGUUGAUAGGACUGUGUAUACCUCGGUACUUUGUAUAUAUACCUUGUUAUUUUUGUAGAUGAUGAACAUUUAAUCUUGUAUUCAACCAAAGGCAGCUUCUUCACAACGUGUAAGCUUCUUUUACAUAACAUAAUCCAUUGAUGAUUAAUUGAUCUUUACAAUCUAUCAGUGUUAAUGCAAUUACAUUUACAUAUUAAUAUUUUUUCUCCACAAGAAUGUGCAUUUUCUUCUCAAAAUAUGAUGUGCUAUUUCUCUUUAUUUAAUCCUGCAUUUUGUAAUUUUAUGUAUCUCAAAGCUGCUAUUACAAAUGGGGUACACAUUUUAUGGCAAAAAUAACGUUCUGAUUCAUUUAAUGUAGGUGACACAGACAUAUUUGAAGUAAACAUGCAGAAUCAAAGAAUCAAACAAUUGAUUAAUUUGUAAAUUAACACAUUAUUUUUCAUUAAUCGCCCCCUUGGUGCAAAAAGGUACCAUGUUACAUGGAAAUUAGUCGGCACAGGGUUACUUUUUGCUCCCAUGGGGCAAUUUGUUGUUAAGUUCACUGAUGAUUCGUAAUUGUAAAAGGGUAAUGUUUGAACAUUAUUCAGAUUUGCACUUAAAUUCAUAUAAUAAUGGAUGUUACUUUUACGUAAUUAUGUGUAGUACAAAACAUUUUUAUAAUUAGUAUCUUUGGAAUGCUGCAAAACAUUUCGUUCGUGUUGUCUUAAAUCUGGGUGCAAUUGAAGGGAACUGGUGAUUGCUUGAUUUACAGUUUGGAAAAGGAAAAGUUGUUUGAUAAUGCUGUACAAUAUUAUCUUUGAAAUAAUUUUUUGCAAUAUCAGGUCUGGACAAUUGGAAGUCAUUUCUAAUGAAUUAUAUUUCUGGCAUUGACAUUGUUCAUUGUAAACAAGGUUUUGGUUAAUUCUAAGAAACGUUUAUUAUGAUUACUGUUUUGAUAUUAUUGGUUUUUGAAUUGUAUAAGACAAAAACAGAUGUUUAAAAGCAAUUAGUAUAUUGAUAGUGCAUUGUAACAUAGAACUCAAUGAAGGUUUAAACGUUUUAUUGAAAAUAUAAUAGACACACAUUCACGUUAUAUGAGGAGACUUGGUUGAUCAUGUUUGCAUAGUUUGUCAUGAAUUGACUCUUGUUCUGAGAAAACUGGGCAUAAUGCAUGUGCGUAAAGUGUUGUCCCAGAUUAGCCUGUGCAGUCCGCACAGGCUAAUAAGGGAAGACACUUUCCGCUUUA